AAAUUAUAUAUUUUUCGACUGUUAGAGUUCUUCCUUAUUUGGUAGGAAAAACAUCUCAUUGACUCAGUAAACAUCGCCAUGGAAAAACUACCGUAUCCCUAUACCUUUCAAGAAUUAACAGAGGAAGAACAAGAACGUUGUAAAAUUCAUGGAAAUUUCGAUUUCCUUCGAAUUUUGCCAACUAGAUACACUACCACUAGACGUAUUGUCAAAUAUGGAUCGGAGUUAUAUAAUUUCAAGCCACGAACAGAAGAUAUUUGGCUAAUUGGAUAUCCAAGAUCAGGUACUACACUGACCCAAGAAAUCUUGUAUCUCCUUGGGAAUGAUUUAGAUUAUAAAAAAGCACGUGCCAUAAUAAUGGAUGAAAGAUUUCCUUUUUUGGAAGAUGUUCUCUUGCGUCCUGACAACAUAGAAAAAAUGUACGAGGAAUUUUGCAAGAAAAACAGAGAGCCUGAAACACCAGAAGAAAAGGCUUGUCUGCCACGAUACAAGAAAUUAGAAAGAAUGAACGAAAAAAGGUUCAUCAAGAGUCACCUCGGGUUUCGUUAUGUACAUCCUCAACUUCUUGAAGUUGGAUGUAAGGUGGUCUUUAUCGCGAGGAAUAUAAAAGAUGUUCUGGUUUCACAGUUUUUCUACCCUUUGAAUUACGAAACCAAAAUGAAAUACGGUAUAUAUAAGAUGUGGCAAGUGUAUCAACAUGAUCUAGGUUUGAAUGGAAACUAUAUGCAAUUGCUGAAAGACGCUUGGAAGAACAGGCACAGCAAAAAUCUUCUGAUAUUAUUUUAUGAAGAAGUUAACAAGGAUAAACGGGCAGCUAUUAAAAAAAUAGCAGAUUUUCUGGGAAAGAACCUGACAGAUGAGGAACUUCGAACCUUGCUGGAUCAUGUCGACAUAAAAAAAUUCAAAGAGAAUAAAUCUCUGAACAACGAUCACUUGGUAGACGCCGGUCUUUACGUGAAGAAUGAUAAUUCUUCAUUCAUAAGGAAGGGAAAGACCGGAGGUUGGCGUGAAAUUUUCAACGAGGAGAUGAACGAAGAGAUAAACAAAUGGUUUUUGGACCACGUCAAAGAAAUGCCAGGUUUCGAAAUACCCGAAUGCUGGAAAACAGCGAUGGACUUUGAAGCUACCAUUCUGACAGAGAAAAAACAUAUUAUUGUAAUCGAUAUCAACGUCGCCAUGGAAAAAAUACCUUACCCCUACACUUUCCAAGAAUUAACCGAGGAAGAAAGAGAAAUGUGUAAAAUUCAUGGAGAUGCCGAUUUGGUACGGAUUGUUCCAACUAGGUACACUACCACUAGGCGUAUUGUGAAAUAUGGAUCGGAUUUGUAUAAUUUCAAGCCAAGAUCAGAUGAUAUUUGGCUCGUUGGAUACCCUAGAUCAGGUACUACGCUCACCCAAGAAAUCUUGUAUCUUCUUGGAACAGAUUUCGAUUAUGAAAAAGCACGUUCAAUAAUAAUGGAUGAAAGAUUUCCUUAUUUGGAAGAUGUUCUCAUGCGCCCUGAACACCUAGAAAAAAUGUACGACGAAUUGUGCAAGAAAAACAGAGAACCUGAAACACCAGAAGAAAAGGCUUGUCUGCCACGUUACCGGAAAUUGGAGAGAAUGAAUGAGAGAAGAUUUAUUAAAAGCCACCUUGGGUUUUCAUUUGUACAUCCUCAACUUCUUGAAGUUGGAUGUAAGGUAGUCUUCAUUGCAAGGAAUAUUAAAGAUGUUCUGGUUUCACAGUUUUUUUAUCCUUGGAAUAACGAGAGCAAAAUGAAACAUGGUAUAUAUAAGAUGUGGAAACUCUACCAACGUGACUUAGGUUUGAUUGGCAAUUAUAUGCAAUUGCUGAAGGAUGCUUGGAAGAGAAGGCACAGCACAAAUCUUUUGAUAUUAUUCUAUGAAGAAGUAAACAAGGAUAAGCGGGCAGCUAUACAGAAGAUAGCAGAUUUUCUGGGAAAGAAAUUGACACCCGAGCAACUUCAAAACUUGCUGGAUCAUGUAGAUAUAAAAAAAUUCAGGGAGAAUAAAUCUCUGAACAACGAUCACUUGGUAGACGCAGGUCUUUACGUGAAAAAUGAUGAUUUUUCAUUCAUAAGAAAGGGAAAGACCGGAGGUUGGCGUGAAAUUUUUACCCAAGAGAUGAAUGAAGAGAUAAACAAAUGGUUCUUGGAGCACGUCAAAGAAAUGCCAGAUUUUGAAAUUCCAGAAUGCUGGAAAAUUGCUAUGGAUUUGUGA